AAGCGAAACCAACACAUCAACAUCAGAGAGCAGACGAAUGAUGACACACUGUUUGGAAAAGCGGGGAGAUUUUACUGAAACGUUUGGAGAAAUCUAUACAUUUCACCUGUGACGGGAGUGUAACAAAACUGGAAUAAGACUAAUGUGAAGUUUUUUGGAGUCUCAGGAUUAAAAAAAAAAAAAAACAGUGAAGGAGUUCACGCACUUGCUUCUUCCUGGUGUCAUCGCUGCUGUUUCUGAACGUGAAGCGUGGAGAGCCCACGAUGCCCGGGGUGUGUUUUAGUACGAGCUGGGCCAAAGAAAGAUGUGGAAACAAGAGGUAAACAGCUCAACGUGAUAGUGGGUGCUACUGAAGCUACUGCUACAUGAGUCUAUUUUAAGAUGGCCCUAAGUUCAGACGGCUGGACGGAGCUCUCAGCGCACACACUGGACACCGCCGCUGUACCCAGUCAGUAUGGGGCACCGGAGGGUCUUCUUGGCGGACAAACGGUGCUCAUGUCGGUGCGGGUGUCGGUCUGUCACUCCGGUAUUCGCCCGCUGUGUUUGCCCGGAGCAGGCGAUGAGUCACUCCGCCUGCAGCUCAGCAUGGACCCGGGGAAGUUUGGGGAAUUCCGCCUCUCGCUCCAAGAGAGUAGCAGUGACACGGGCCGGAGUAUGACCAUUGCUAUGUUUGACCUGAGAGCUGUAAACUAUGAGGUAAAGUCUCCAAAAUGCCAUGAGCUGAGUUUGAGAGCGCCGCCUCAUGAUCGGAUCUGCUUCAACUUUCGCUGUGAGCAGGAGGCCCAAAAGUGGGCCACUGUACUACUGUCAUCUCUAAGAGAAGCCCAGAGAGUUGUGCCUCAGGGUAAUGGUGAUGGUGCUCCCCAGGAUUCACACACCACCAUCCUGCAACAAACAGAGGACACAUGCAUUCAGCUGACCAGAGCCAUUGAAGCAGGUGAUCUUCAGGCUGCUUCAGCAUUCGCUGCCACUCUUGCACAACAACAUGCCACUGUCAGGAUUCAACCAUCUGCCAGAGACGUGGAGGACUGUGAAAUAAAUAUGACUGUUGUGGUUGAAGAUAGCGCUUCAUCUUGCUGCGUGACUGUGAAAGUUUUGCCCCAUAUGCAUACAGCAGCACUCAAACAACAGAUGUUUUUUGAGUAUGGCUUUCACCCAAAGGUCCAGCGCUGGGUGAUUGGACAGUGCUUGUGUGCAGACCAGCGUUCUUUGGCUUCAUAUGGGGUUCGACAAAAUGGUGACACUGCCUUCCUCUACCUCCUGUCUGCUCGCCACGCUCGCCUCACCCCGCACAUCCUCCAGAGGGACCAGGAGAAUGUUUUGCUGCAGAAUCCUACGUCUUCCUUUGCCAAUGGUCCAUCAUCUCAAAACCAGCGGGCUUACAACACUUUGCCUUCAAGAUUAAAUAAAAGCUGCAAUAUUAAUGGAUCAGAGAAAGAGCGUGUUAGUGACGUUAAAACUCUCAUCAAUUUGGAGAUGUCUCAACUAAAUGAAGCACUGAACCCUAAUAUAGUUGCUAACCAGCAGGGCUGGUCAUGCCCUUCUUGUACUUACAUCAACAAACCGACCCGUCCCGGCUGUGAGAUGUGCAGCACAAACCGUCCAGAGAGCUAUGUUGUCCCAGGAGGAUACCGGCCUGACCCUCUGGAGGUGAAAAGGAUACAACAAGAGAAGGAGGCCAUUAGACAAUACCAGCAGGCCAGAGAAGAGGAGCGCCGGGAGAACUUUGCCCGUCUGGUGAUGUUGGAUGGUCAGGACCUGGUGCCUAACCCUGAGCCAGUAGACUGUAGGAUCUGCUACAGCGAGCUGCAGCCUGGAGAGGGCGUCCUGCUCAGAGAGUGCCUGCAUUGUUUUUGCAGAUCCUGCCUGCGCUCUGUCAUCAUGCUGAGCGAGGAGCCGGAGGUGUCCUGUCCCUACAGAGACGACACAUACGCUUGUGCCUGUUCACUGCAGGAGAGAGAAAUCAGAGCUUUGGUGUCUACAGAGGAGUAUGAGCGCUGGCUGCAGAGGGGUCUUGCAGUGGCCGAAUCUCGCUGUGAAGGGAGCUACCAUUGCGCCACAGCGGACUGCCCAGGCUGGUGUGUGUAUGAAGAUACUGUCAAUGUCUUUCACUGCCCAGUCUGCAGGAAACACAACUGCCUUGUCUGUAAGGCUAUUCAUGAAGGAAUGAACUGCAAACAAUAUCAGGAUGAUCUAGCUGCUCGUGCAAUAAAUGACUCUGCCGCCAGAAGAACCACACAUCUAUUAAAGACACUUGUGCAGUCCGGUGAGGCAAUGCACUGUCCACAGUGCGGUAUCAUAGUCCAAAAGAGGGAUGGAUGUGAUUGGUUGCGUUGCACUGUCUGCCACACAGAGAUCUGCUGGGUGACUCGGGGCCCUCGUUGGGGGCCGAAGGGUCCGGGAGACACAAGUGGAGGAUGUCGCUGCAAUGUUAAUAACCAAAAAUGUCAUCCAAGAUGCCAGAAUUGCCACUGAGAUUCACAGGGGUUGACCAUGUAAGGGAAAAGAUGGUACCCAAAUUAACAUCUAUUAAACUGUAUUAAAGUGAUAUUACACCCACAAGUACCAUAGCACCUCUAACUUAAUCACAAACAUUAUUUAUGACACAGAAAAACACUUCACUAUUGACUGUAUAAGAGAUGUUAUUGAAUAUCUGAAUGCACAUCAACAAAAUUUCAAAUCCUUACUUGGGUUCCACCCUAUAUAUUUAGGCAGUGGGUCCCUUAAGACCCUGGACAACAGACCCCUUUGUCUCCCCAUCUAUUCCCCUGUUUGAAUGUAAUCUGAUUUCACUGUUCUGGUUGAACAUUUGCCAGGAAGGUAGUGAUCUUGCACAAUAAUCACAUGACCUUUAAGCGCCUUUACCUAGCACAGUUUGUAUUUACCGUUUCAGAUAAAUAUAGUGACAGAAAUGCCUUUACUGCACAAAUGAGUGUUACACAUGUAUGUUACAAUGUGACUGACUUCCUGUGUGCCUUACUGAUACAUUUUCUCACACAUUUUCUCCUCCUAUUGUUUGUGCAGUGUUCAUGUUUCACAUCUACGGCAUUAAUUUGUGAGCAGCUUUGAUACUAAGGUUUAAUUGUGUCAUAUACAUGUUGAGUAUUACUGAGAAUGUUUAAUUUGUAUUUAUGUUUAAAAUGUGUUAACUAUUUCUUUGUGUUCAUUGUGCACAAUAUACGUUUGCCUGUGAGUUCGUUACAAAGAUAUACGGCACAGACUCAAAUAAAAUGUCUAUUGAUCAUA